ACCACCUACACGACCUCGCCUCCAGCAGCAUUGCACGCGCCGCCGUGCAGGGGAGAGAACGCAGCAGACGCGAAUCUCAUUCUUUUGCGCUGCGACACUCUCUCCAAGAUGCGCCAAUUUCUGGCGGCCCUUUUUUUUUCUUGCCUGGCCUCCUUCGGCCUGGCUGCGGAUUACCAUGAGCAGUUGAACCUCCGCCCGCUACCCCUGUCCGCCCUCCUCGCGAGCUUCAACUUUCGAUCCAAUACAUCGUUGUCCGACUUCGACUUACAGAACUUUCGAUACUUCCCCCGGUCACUGGGCCAAAUUCUUCAAUAUGCCGGAACGAGAGAGUUGCAUCUGAGGUUCAGUUUGGGAAGAUGGGAUGCUGAGAGCUGGGGGAGUCGGCCGUGGGAUGGUCAGCGCGAGGGCGGGACGGGCGUGGAGCUGUGGGCAUGGCUUGAGGCCGAGACGCACGAGGAGGCCGACCAGAAGUGGUUGACCCUCACCAAUGCGCUCUCAGGACUCUUUUGCGCAUCGCUCAACUUCGUCGACGGAACCCGAACCACCAGACCGGUCAUGUCAUUCCAACCUGAGGGCGACCAUCCCGAAGCAUCCAUCCCGAAUAUGCAGCUCCUUCACGGUGUUCUGGCAAAGGAGGUGGUGUGCACAGAGAACUUGACACCCUUUUUGAAGCUACUCCCCUGCAAAGGAAAGGCGGGCAUCUCGAGUCUGCUGGACGGCCACAAGCUCUUCGAUUCCUCUUUCCAAAGCAUGGCCAUUGACAUCAAGCCUGUCUGCCCCGAGGGCCAGGACUGCAUUCUGCAAAUCGAGCAGACUAUCGACAUGGUCCUCGACAUUGACCGGUCCAAGCGACCAAGGGACAAUCCGAUUCCUCGUCCACCUCCUGGACACGAACUGAAGUGCGACACCUCGAAGCCCUACCAUUCCGACGAAAUAUGCUACCCCACCGGUCUCACAACUGGCCAAGAGUGGACUCUGUCCCAGAUUUUUGGAAAAUCGAUCAAAGGCACGUGCCCUCUGACAGAUGAGGACGUACCGCCGGUUUGCAUUGAGGUUCCUCAUUCGAGAGGCGUCUUUACGUCUGGUGGAGCUACAGAGAUCCUGAACCCGAACGGUGUAUCGCGGUGCUUCAAGAUCGGUGCGGAGUCAGAGCUGGAGAUUGUUCUCCCCCUGGAAGAUAAGGAAGGACAAGAUCCAAUCAAGGAAUUGGUGGAACCGCCCACGCCUCUCAUCUACGCUGAGCGCAGCUUUACUGGACACGGCCAGGAGCAUGGUGGCAUGCAGGCAAUCCUUACGAAUCCGAGCAAAGACACAGAGGUUGAGUUCAUCUACAUGGAAUCACUUCCCUGGUUCAUGCGGGUUUACCUACACACUCUCAACGCGCGUAUUGAGGGAUCCUCAGGUUCGCAACCAUCAAUCGUUGAGGACAUUUACUACCGCCCCGCCGUCGACCGUGCCAGGGGCACACAGCUGGAGCUGCGGAUGCGUAUCCCUCCUGCUUCCACAGUAUUCCUCACCUACGACUUUGAAAAGUCGAUUCUUCGAUACACUGAAUACCCUCCUGACGCGAACCGCGGCUUCGACAUUGCCGCGGCAGUCAUCACCACUCUCAGCCCCCGUACGCAAAGUACACGCACCACUACGCUGCUGUUAAAUCUGCCCACACCAGACUUCAGCAUGCCUUACAAUGUCAUCAUCUUCACCUCGACGGCGAUCGCGCUCGCUUUCGGUGGCAUGUAUAAUAUCCUAGUUCGGAGAUUGGUUGGCGCCGAUGAAGGCCCCAGUCCAGUGCUCAAGGCAAAAAUAGCCGGUCUCUUGGCAAAGCUGAAGGGGAUUCGGUCAGCCAAGAAAUAG